AUGGACGCUGAUAUGAUGGAAACGGAAGCAUCAAGCUCCGGUCAGAACAACGAUAUUCGUGAAUUACUCACAUUGGCUCGCCAACUCAUCAAUCAAGGCAAACCUUCUCAAGCCCUUCAAGCGGUGGUCGUAGCAGUGAAGAAUAGAGGUGGCGAUGAAGCUGUAUUCCAGUCCUUGAAUCGCGCUCGCGAGCUCUAUAAAAGUAGACUGCAACAGAACGCCGCAGCUGAUCAGCUGGCUUCUUUGUUUGCCGAGUGUGCCAUUGCUGAAGUUCAGCCGGCAUUAACUGAACCACCUGCAACGACUACCAUUACCAACCCCCCAUCAGUUACCACAGAUGCUAACGGGCCAUCAAUACUGGCAGAAAGUGGCAGGAUGCAAGUAGUGUUAGACGCAGGUUCUGAUGGAAGUAGUUUCAUCUGUUUGAAGUGUGGCGGACUUGUUAGUAUCCAACGCAAAGACGAGCAUUAUGCAUAUUGGUGUUGUUAG